GAUCUCCCCCACCCCUCCCUCCUCUACGGCCAAAUCAGUGGCGGAGCGUUGCUUGACCAUACUUCACCAUUCAGGCUGGUGGGAGCGGUGUGAGUCGGGCGGCGGCGGCGGUGGUGGAGAGGAGGGUGGAGAAGGAGAUCCGAUUUCACUUCAGAAAUAACUCGCCACUCAUGUUCGCCGCGACUGACCAUCAAUCUCGCUUCGGGUCGUUGGGUUUCACAGCGCAGCGCGCUAACCACUGCGCCACCGCUCCCACCACCACCACAAUCUGUCGGACUCUUGCACAAUUCUCUUCCAAUAAACUGGACACCGUGGCAGGGGGGGGGGGGGUGAUUCGUGCUCAGCCGCUUGCCACUGCCACUGGCAUCGUUCCUCUCUCCGCCUUCGGGGUUGGCUGUCAUUCAUUAAUCCCCUCGGCAAAUGUAAACACAAUAAAUAACUCGCAUGAAUAAAUAAACAAGUUGCCGGCGCGUUCAUCGCAGCGCUCGCUCUCGGGCUCGCUCCUCUUCGACUGCGACUCGCCGCGCGUGCUGCCCACGUGAACUCCACGCGGCGACUCGCCAGGGCCUAGAGGACUCUGCGGCUCGAGGAAUCGCUCCGUGACAUUUGAGAGAACUCCCCAACUCCCGACGGGGACUCGCAGGGACUCGAAGAUAAAAGGAACUCAAGGAGUCAGAGUCGAGCAAUCGGACUCGAAGGUUCGUAGGCUGAUCGUACAACGACCGAGGUGGUGAUUCAAGGCACCCCCCCCCUCCCCCACCGAGUCAAGGACUCACAGACUCGGGGAUUGAAGGACUCGAAGGUUUAGAAACUCGGAACUUUAGAGACUCUCACUUGGAACUCGGGAUCCGACUCAAGACUCGAGGAAUCCGGUACCCAGGGAAUCGGGAUCCUCGGCCUGAGGGACUGUUGAGACUCCAGAGACACGUGGACCGAGAUACUCGUAAGAGACGCGGGGACUCUGAGACUCGGGGAUUGGAGAGAUCCUGGACUCGAGAGCAGGAUCUCGAUUUGACGUGCAGGAUGACGGAGUGCGGAGCGCAGUGAUCACACAACACAGACUGAAGAGCACCCUGCACACACAGCAAGGCGUCGUCACGCUCGGUGAUCGAACCCACGUGGUUGACACGACCACCCUUGUGACGCCACAGCCGUCGAUGGCAAUCCUCCCUGGCUGGGAAAUGACGGACGCGGGUGGCCCAGCAGAGCCGCGCGACCUGCCCAAUGAGCACCCCGUGGUGAGGGCCCGCGUGCGGGAGCUCCGUGGCCUCGCCCUGCGGGACCUCCCCGGCGUCCCGAUCUGCCUCGCCGACGAUUUCCUGAUGGCCUUCGUGCGGGCCCGUGACCUCGACUGCGCGCAAGCCUUCCAGCUGCUGAGGAAUUACCACCGCUGGAGGGAGGAGUGCUCGGAGCUCGUUGGGGACCUGCGCCCGGGUCCGCUGCUGCCACUGCUGGCUCGGGGCUACCACGGGGCCCUGGCACGGCCCGACACGCACGGCCGCACGGUGCUUCUCUACCGCGUCGACCGCUGGGACCCCAAGGUGCACUCUGCCACGGAGGUGUUCCGCGUGAGCCUCCUCACCUCGGAGCUGCUGGCACGGGACGCGCGCACGCAGCUACGCGGCGUCACGGUCAUCUUCGACCUGCGGGGCCUCCGCUUCGGCCACGUGGCCCGCGUGGGCCCCACCAUGGCGCGCCGAAUCGCCAGCGUCCUCACGGACUCCUUCCCCAUCAAGGUGCGCUCCAUACACCUGCUCAACACGCCGCUCAUCUUCCAGUCGCUCUUCGCCAUCAUCCGGCCCUUCCUGUCGGAGAAGAUGUACUCACGGAUUCACGUGCACAGCGGCGACGCUCCGCAGAGCCUCGUGGACGAGGUGGGGCCCUCCGUGAUGCCCGCCGAGCUCGGCGGAGAGGGCCCCAGCGUGGAGGAGGUGUGCGCCGAGUGGACUCAGGUGCUGCUGGGCUCCGAGAUGGAGCUCCGCCGUGUAACGUCGCUCCACCACGACUCUCUGUGCCCCUGCAAGCUGCUGCUGCUCAAGGACUGAGACCUCCACGAGGUGUCGAGGGGGGUCGGGCGACCGUCGACGCCGCGAGGGACCACGUGGCACGCGCUGUCGCUUCUUUCCGGCUGCUUGAUAUGGGUGCUCAAUUUUAACGACCUCAAAGUCUCAUCAUCAUCAUCAUCGCCGCCGCCACCGCCACCAACGUCUCAAUUUUGCUCUUCCCCUUGGUUUCUGAGAGCCGGGUGUCACUGCAGUGACUCACCCAUAACAACCUCCCUCCUCCUCCUGAUCACAACACACACGGAACUUUCUCGCACAGGUCUGUUCCCAGCCUGCUGCGUUACCCUAUCCCACCACGAUCUCUACAGAAGAAUGGCCAACCGGCUUUUACAUGUCUGGGAAUUAUUAUGGACGAAUAAUACGAAUAAUAGUGCGUUAUGUUUUCAAUAUAUGUGGAAUCUUAUAUAUUUUUUAAGCAAUUAUAAUGGAGCAGUAUCGUAAAUAAAUAGACCGAGCACAGGUCGAUCAAUGUAUAGAUACCUCCUUGGUUUCUACUGACUCUUACAUUAGUCUCAGCUGCCGAUUUAGAAUGUUGAAAAGUGAUUGUUCCUACAGCUUACCGAGCGGAGCUUGUGAAACGAUUGAACGUGAGGAAUUGAGAUGGUUGGGAAAGAAGAUGUUAUUUUGUUUAAACUUCAUUAAUUCCUGCCAGCUAUAUUAGUGGAAAGGAGCGCGUCCAACAGGACGUCCACUGUGGAGAUGGAGCGAUGAAAGCAUUACAAAAAUCUGCCGCUGGCUAGGUGGAUGAAUGUAUCGCAGGCUCGUGAGAGGUAAUGCGGCUUGAGGGAGGCCUUCAUCCAGCAGCGGAUUGACUCAAGUUGAUUUUGUUUUUACCCGGUAUGAACUCGGAGGAGACGAGGAUAGAGGAAUCUCUCAUUUGCGCGAGUGAUACGGGGCAUUGGUCUGCUGCUAGUAGCGGGCAAUGACUGCCGUCGUGUGGUCUAGCCUAGGGGCACCCCUAGUGGCAGCGGUCGCUGUGCAUCAGUCUGUCAGCAGGGGGCGAUGGCUGCUCUGUGUGCGUGUCUGCGUGAUCGUGUGUUGGUGGCUCAGAGAUGUUGACUCCCUCGCCUGGUAUGCAGGAGGUCGUGGGUUCCAUCACGACCCUGACGCGUGGAUUUUUUCUCCGGGUCCUCUGGGGUUUCCCUCCUCAUUUAGAAUCGACAUCACCACGCGUUUAGACUUUAGUGUAUUAAUCUGCGGUACAUUUCCACAUGAGCGACUUCUUUGAACUUUAAUUUGUGAUGGUCAGGUCGCUUAUCAAAAAGAGCUACGUAGCUCAGUGGGCCUUACCUGUUAAAAAAAUUGCAUAAUACCACACGGCAGUAUUAAUCGGGGCGGCCGCUAGAUUCGAACCAAAAAGCACCUCUCGGCGAACGCGCUACCGCUGGUGCCACGUGCCCGCACCAGUCAACCAAUCAGCUAAAUAAUUGAUUCUUAAGCUACCGCGUGGCUCGCCGUCGACGCGAUUUCUAUGCGACGUUGUCCUCUGGACCAAACUGCCGCUGGGCAAUAGCUGGCACGUCAGUUAAACUAGCGAGCGGUCCUGACCUUCCUCUGACCUUGCAGCGCAACGUGGGAAUAUUGGGGGGCGGGGAGCGGGGUACAAACUUCACGCUCUUAACCGUCGUUCUCAUCGGACCAGCCAUGAUCUAUCCACUGCUGGCUGAAGGCAUCGGCUAAGCUGUCCGUGCCUUGCGAUUCCGCGACGUGACAAUCCCAUCUCGCUGCGGCCAAUUUUGACCGCUCCAUCUCCCCGACGGAGGUGCUAACUCUGCAGGUGCUGACUCUGCAGGUGCUAACUCUGCAGGUGCUGCGCUUUACCCGAGCGCGCUGCUGCCGUGGAGCGCUCGGGCUGCCUCGCCUGUACGUUGUGUCACAAAUUGUGUUUUAAUGCACGGACGUAAUUAAAGUAUUACCUGAUGAUGAUAAUAAUAAUGAGAAUGUAACGGCACCUCUUUUGUCAAUCCACUGCUGGAUGAAGGUGUCCCCCACGCCGUGUCGAACGU